UGUCCCCAGUGCCACACCCAAAUGUCCAGCUGUGCCACACCCACAGUGCCACACCCACGUGUCUGGCAGCGCCCCACUGACAGUGCCAUGCCCACCGGUCCUGCUGUGCCACUCCCCGUGUCCCCAGUGUCGCACCCAUGUGUCUGCUGUGCCACUCCCCCGUGUCCCAGCGCCACCCACGUGUCCCCGUGGGGACCCACAGGAAGUCGCCGCGCAGGAAGCGGCAGAGCCCGGGCUGAGCGCGACACGGGCUGAGCCCGCCCCGGUGACACCGCGGGGGGACACGGCCCCGGGACCCCCGGGACACUGCGGACACUCGGGGACACUCAGGGACACUCGGGGACACUCAGGAGGCCCAGGACACUCCGGACACUGUGGACACUGCAGACCCUGUGGACACUACGGACAUUCGGCACGCUUGGGACACUCCGGACACUCAGGGACACUGCAGACACUGGGGACACUCGGGGACACUCCGGACACUGUGGACACUCGGGGACACUCAGGGACACUCCGGACACUGUGGACACUCGGGGACACUUGGGACGCUGCGGAUGCUUGGGAGCAUUCAGCACACGCCGGACACUGCGGACACUCGGGGACACUCCAGGCACUCCGGACACUUGGGGACACUCGGCACACUCGGGACACUUGAGGACACUCACACACACACUCAGCACACUCAGCACACGCGGGGACACUCGGGGACACUCGGGACGCUCGGGGACACGGCGGGCAGCGGGCCAGCGGCGAUGGAGGAGGCGGCGGUGAAGCAGGGCACCGUGUACCUGCAGCUGCAGCAAACCUUCGGCAAGAAGUGGAAGAAGUUCUGGGCCGUGCUGUACCGGGAGAGCUCCUGCUCCACGGCGCGCCUGGAGCUGCUGGAGGGCCCCGAGCGGCCGCGCAAGGCCGAGGGCGGCCGGCGCCUGGUCCGGCUCAGCGACUGCGUCCACGUGGCCGAGGCGGGCGGCGACGCCUCCUGUCCCAAGGACACCGUCCCCUUCCUGCUGGAGACCACGGAGCGGCGCUUCCUGCUGGCCGCUGACGGCGCCGAGGCGGCCGAGUGGAUCCAGCGGCUGUGCGAGCUGGCGUUCCCGAGGAGCCGGGAGGAGCCGGGAGCGGCCAAGGAGGGCACCGAGGGCGAGUUCUCCAUGGAGGAAAAUUCCCUGUACAGCUCGCGGGGCAAAGCUGGCCUGGAGCAGGCAUUUGAGGUGACAGUGAGGGUGACGCCGUCGUCGCAGCGCUGCCGGCUCCGGGGCCGCUGCGUCCUGCGGGCGGGCGAGGAGGCGCUGGAGCUGCGGCACCCGCAGAGCCAGGAGCUGCUGGCCAGCUGGCCCUACCGCUUCCUGCGCCGCUUCGGCCGCGACAAGGUGACCUUCUCCUUUGAGGCCGGCCGGCGCUGCGCGUCCGGAGAGGGCAACUUCGAGUUCGACACCAGGCAGGGCAACGAGAUCUUCCAGGCCAUCGAGGCGGCCAUCGAGGUGCAGCGGGGCCGGGGGGGCCCCGCGGACGAAGCCCCGCGGCCGCUCGAGCACGGCAGGACGCCCAGCUGGGCACAGGGCCACGAGGAGCCCAAGUGUCCCUCCGGGGAGGUGAAGGUGCCCAAGGGGGAGGCGAAAGGGGUCAAGGGCAGGCCGGUGAUGCCCCCCGGGGCCGGGGAGGCCUCGGGGCCGUUCCAGCUGUCGCGGGGUGCGGAUUGUCCCUACGCCGAGCCCCACGAUUCCCUGCGCCGCGGGAACGCGGCCGCGCCGCCGGACAAGGGCCGGAGGCCGGACGGCGCCAGGGUGGAGUCCGAGUACGCCGUCCCCUUCGACACCAUCGCCAAGUCCUUCCUGGCGCGCCAGUUCGGCGGCCUGGGCUGUCCCCAGGAGGGGCUCCCCGAGCCCCCGAGCGUCCCCAGGGAUGCGGGAGGGGGUCAGCAGUCACCCGGCCGCCCCACGGCCCCCAAACCCGAGCACAUCUACGACGAGCCCGAGGGUCUCUCGGGCCUCUCGCUGUACGACGAGCCCGAGGAGGUGAAGGGGGAGGCCUGGAGGCUGCAGGCGGCCCCCGAGGAGCCCCCCGGGCUCGGGUCUCCCUACAACGCCCAGCGCGACGACUACGCCGUCCCCAAGAGGCCCUUCCUGCUGCAGGGCAAGGAGUGGCUCGGCGACUGCGACUAUGACAACGUGGCCCUCAGGGUGGCCAAGAAGAGGAACCUGCAGUGAGCGGCCGCGGGGAGAGGAGGAGGGGACGCCCCAAAUCCCCCAGUCGGACUUUACCCCACCCCCGGCAGAGCUGAGACACCCCCAGCCCAGCGCCCCAUCCCGGGGCUGGGGAGGGGGCAUAGCUGGGGGGUGGCAGGGGACAGCCGGGGGUGCCAGGGGACAGCCGGGAGGUGCCGGGGACA